AUGUUCUCACGACCGGCAGCGAACGCCUUGCGAGGCGCCUCGACCUUACGGACGGGCAGUAGACGCUGCCUCUCGUCUUUUGGUAACGCCAGAACACGACCUCAAAUCGCUCUUCGUACUAGGCCCUCACAUGGAUGGCAACAAUCUCGCGGCAAAGCUUCCUUCGUUCGCGGCGCCAAAGAACUCUGGGCUGCUCACCCAUAUCUGGUUUCCUUGGCUGCUGCUGCCAUUCUCGCUAGCUCUGCUGGCAUUGCCUACGCCAACUACCUCUAUUCCACCUACAUCAUCGCCUCGUUCCACAAGUAUCCCGAGCCCGUCGCCAUAAAGCUGCGUCGAGCCAUCUGGUACACAAACAUCGACCUCGACCCCAAGAAUGCUCUCAAAUACUACAAACAAGCCCUCGAGAUCGCCAAUGAGCUCGGCAUGGACCCCUUCUCCGACGAGAUCAUUGGCGUCAAGAUCCAAGUCGCCGGCUUGAUGGAGAAGAUUGAGAACUACCCAAAGGCCAUCCAAGUCCUUGAAAUCCUCAGGUCCGACUGUCUAGCUUGGGAAGAGAAGUUUGGUCAGCUCGACGAUCACAAGGAGAAGCGCACUCGCAUCAUGAAGUUGCUCGUCGCAAUGUCCGUCAAGCUCGGCGAGCUGUAUUCGAACCAAUACGUCCAAGAUGCUAAGUCCGCAGAGGAGAGACUCGUUUGGGCUUUGGAAACUUCUCUACGCGAGAAGCAACGUAGACAAGAGCCCGCCGUCUUGGAGAAAGAGGGCGAGUGGAUGUCCGACAAUGAGAUGGGCGCAUCCAUGGAGGCCUUGGCUCACAACUACGAAGAACAAAACAAGCACUACUUGGCCACUCCUCUCUUCCUCCAAGCUCUGAACUUCAAGGCCGAGAAAGACUGCCAUUCAGUCAUCCUCAUGAACAAUCUUGCUAUCUCAAUUGCCCAGCAGAACCCUCCUCAAAACUCAGAGACAAAAUCUCCUUCAAGAGCUGUUCUGGUCGAGAAUGCCAAACAAUGGGCUCAGAAAGCCCUUGACCUUGCUGCUGAUAUUCAGCCGCCGACUCGGGACGAAGAGUGUGAUGUAGGCUGUGCUGUUGCACUACACAACCUUGGCGAGUUUGCCGAGAUGAACAAGGACAUUGCGGAAGCCAAGAAGCGUUACAAGGAAGCCGUUAGCCUUGCUAGAGCCAUUGGUUUCCAGGAUGGUCUCGAGAAUAGCUCAGCUGCUCUCAGACGACUCUCAUAA